AUGCAGUCACCAUGCGGCGCUUUACUGCUUCUGAUGCUGAUCACUUCUGUGACGGCGCUGGAUAGCUCUGGCUCCUUUUCACUACCCAACAAGUUGACACGACGCGCCACGGCCGAUGCCGAUGUCUAUGAGACCCGAUUUGACGGCGUGUCAUGGGACAAUGCCAACUGGCAGCUGACAACCGAGACACUUGACCAAGGACAUUAUCAGGCACGACUCUCAGUGGCCAAUGGCUAUCAUGGCAUCAAUGUAGCUUCGCUGGGACCUUUCUUUGAGCUCGAUACCUCUGUCGAUGGGGACGUGAUUGGAGGUUGGCCGUUGUUCGACCGCCGGCAGACUUUUGCCACCAUUGCUGGGUUUUGGGAUAGCCAGCCGACUACGAACGGAACCAAUUUUGACUGGCUCGAGCAAUAUGGUUGGGAGAGCGCUAUCUCUGGCAUUCCGCACUGGGCCGGUAUCAUCGUUGACCUUGGCCAGUCGGCGUUCCUAGAUGCCUCAACGAACAGCUCCGAGAUUGAUGACUUCACCUCGACUUUGGAUAUGAAGAACGGCGUGGUCAGCUGGUCCUUCGUAUGGAGCCCUCCUGACCAUGAUUCUUUCAAUAUCAGUUACCAAAUGUUCGCUCACAAGCUCCACGUUAAUCAGGCGUUCAUCCAGAUGAACAUCACUGCCUCGAGCGACGCGAAUGCAACCGUAGCGAACGUUCUUAACGGCGAUUGUGCUGUUCGGACUCAGCCCGGCGAAAAGGGUACCGAUGGCGGGAUGAUAUUCAGCUCUGUUCACCCCGAUGGACUUGAGAACGUCACUGCAUUCAUAUAUGCUACCAUGGCCGUUGACGGAGCCGAUCCGUCUAACACGUCAGAAGGGGACCUUGACCGUCCCUAUGUGGGAGGCAACGAAUCUUCAAUCGCUACCGGGCUAGACAUUGCGCUGUCUGCGAGUCAAACCGUCACAUUUACGAAGUUUGUUGGGAUCGCGUCCUCGGAUGGUUUUGAAGAUCCCAAGAGCAUCGCUCGGGAUGCGGCCCAAUCGGCCAAUAGCACUGGCUACUUACCGUCACUGGCAAGCCACGCUUCAGAAUGGGCUAUUGUGCUUCCUGAGCACUCGGUGGACGACUUCGCUGAUCCUUUAAAUGGUUCUCUGCCCGACGAUCCCUAUGCUGUUGAAUCUGCCAUCCUGGCUGUUGCUAAUCCUUAUUACAUUCUGCAAAAUACUCUGUCCGAGAACGCCAUGUCAGCUGUUUCGAAUGCUUCCAUCAACAGCCAUUCGGUCUCGGUAGGCGGACUGGGUUCCGAUGCUUAUGCUGGGCAGAUAUUCUGGGACGCAGAAACUUGGAUGCAGCCCGGCAUUGUCGCAACCUUCCCCUACGCUGCCCGGGGUUUCUCAAACUACAGACUCGAGCAUUAUCAACAAGCUCUUGAGAACAUCGAUACCGCGUACCAGUCCUCGAAGAAUGAGACCGAGUUCUCCUCUGAUGCAGCCAUCUUUCCCUGGACCUCCGCGAGACGGGGCAACUGCACUGCAACGGGCCCUUGUUGGGACUAUGAAUACCAUAUCAAUGGAGAUAUCGCGCAAGCUCUUUCCAACGAAUGGCUCGUCUCCGGUGAUACAGAUUUCUUUGAACAAAACCAUUUCCCUAUCCACGAUUCCAUCUCGGUGUUACUUUCCGAAAUCCUCGAAAAGAACGGCUCCCAGUGGGCGCUGCGCAACAUGACCGAUCCUGACGAGUUUGCGAAUCAUGUCGACAACGGUGCUUUCACUAUGCCACUGAUCGCCAACACUCUGACAAACAACAACUUCUUCCGAACGUUGUUCAACCAGACGCCCAAUGACACUUGGGCUGAACAAGCCGAGAAUGUUGUUAUCGGUCGAGAUGAGAGCGCAAAUAUCUUGCUUGAGUACACUGGUAUGAAUGGCUCUAUCGAGGUGAAGCAAGCGGACGUUGUACUAGUCACCUAUCCGCUGUCGUACACCGGGGAGAACUAUACAGCCAACGACUCCCUUUCUGACCUGGACUACUAUGCGGCCAAGCAAUCUCAGGAUGGGCCCGGCAUGACCUAUGCCAUAUUCUCCAUUGUUGCCAAUGAAGUCAGCCCUUCGGGCUGUUCUGCUUACACUUACGCAGUCUACUCCCACCACCCCUACGUGCGUGCACCCUGGUUCCAGUUCUCAGAGCAGCUUGUAGACGAGUUCUCCGUCACAGGCUAUCACCCUGCGUUCCCAUUCCUUACAGGGCACGGGGGCGCUAACCAAGUCGUCCUCUUCGGCUACCUCGGCCUGCGCCUCUUACCCACCAGCUGGAGCCUGCACAUCAACCCAGCUUUGCCUCCACAAGUCCCGCAGGUCCGCUACCGCACCUUCUACUGGCACGGCUGGCCCAUCUCUGCCUUCUCCAACCAGACCCACACCACCCUCACCCGUGAUCCUGCACUGGAAGGCGCACCAGGGACAUCGCCCAACAGCACAUACGCGACAGCCUCCAUUCCCGUGAUAGUUGGCGCGCCUGGCGCCGAAGACACCACAUCCUACGAUCUACCGCCCAACGGCACACUGGUGGUGCCAAACCGGCAGUACUCGCUCCUCAAGACCACGCCAGGCAACGCCCUACAGUGCCAGUUCGCGGAAUCGGAGGCGGAUUUUGUCCCUGGGCAAUUCCCGAUCGCAGCAGUUGAUGGAGCGGCGUCUACCAAAUGGCAACCCACGGAAUCGAGCGAGAACGCGACCAUCACCGUCGAGAUCCCCGAGGUCGACCAGGGCAAGGAAGUCACGGGCAUUCGCUUCGACUGGGGCCAGCGCCCGGCAUGGAAUUACUCGGUGAGCUUCGCCAACAGCAGCGACGAGGACGGCCAGGUCGUGGCGGCGGGCGAAGCGGACAUCAGCGACCCGUGGGACGAGCAGGAAAUUGCGCGCAUCGUGGCGGUGCAGAGCAAUACGACGUACGUGAAUCUGACGGGAACGGCGCAAGGCGGCGGUGGCGAUGAGGGACCGGUGGUGGCACCGCGGUACGCGACGCUGACGAUCUGGGGACAUCGCUUUGACACGAAUGUCACGGCGGAGAAUAUGACGGGCGAUGGGGCGACGGUGGCGGAGUGGGAGGUCAUUGUUGCCGAUGAUGGCGGGGGUGCGGACGCGCCGGUGAGGCGGGAGAUGGGUGUCUUUGGGAGGCAGAUGCUAGAGAGGGCCGCGAGUGGUGAGAAGCGGGGGCGGAAGGGGAAGGCGAGGCUCUGA